AUGCGAAGCGUCCACCAUGUAGUAGCACGUCAACGAAUCAGCAAAGCGGCGCCGACAGCAGCAUUAGCAGUGUCACAACGCCUGGAAUACUCCAUAUCACUCCGCACUCAUGCGAAACGCAGCAGCAGCCUCCGCGCCUUCGCAACCUCAACCAUAGUCCGCCGCCGCCAACUAAUCUUCUCCGGCGCCACAACCUCCGACACCGACCACCCCUCCCCUACACCCUCACCACCCAACAACACAUCGCCACCCUCUCCUUACUACCUCGAAACAGGCUACGCCAUCUUCGCCAAACGGCACUCCCGACCAUUUCCACCACCAUUCCUCUCCACGCCCUCCCACUCCUUCUCCGACCCGCUCACCACCCACCAAUCCACAAAACUGCGCUCGCGGCGUCCGCAAGACGCCGAGGGGAGAUUGAUUGGUGGGAUCACGAAUGGGGAUGACGCGGUGAUUAUAAGUGGUCAGGGAAAUAAUUUCCUGGCGGUCGGGGAUGGGGUUGGGGCGUGGGCGCAGAAGGAGAGGGGCCAUGCGGCUUUGUGGAGUCGAUUGAUUGUGAAUUAUUGGGCUGCGGAGGUUGGCGAGUUGUUUCAGAGGGGUGGUGAUGGUGAGGACGAGGCGAUGGGAGGGGUUGUGAGCGGUGGUGGGGAGGGAACGCAAAAGGGUGCGAUUGGAGUGGAUGACAUCGAUCUGGUCGCUUGUUUACAGAGGGCUUUUGUGCGGACGAGGGAGAGUACGGGUGCGACUGGGCCGAUGGGUGUGGUUCCGCCGAAGAAAGAGGAUGGCAAUGUUGGUGCUACGCAAGAGGGACCUAAGCUCGAGGAAACCCACACUGGGCGAGAGGAGAUCAUGGGCACUACCACAGCUAGUGGCGCGGUCCUACAUCACGAUGAGGGAGGACGGCCCGUUGUAGUUGCGACGACGCUCGGCGACAGCAUGAUCUUCAUCUUGCGACCUGAUCGUGGUCAAGGCUUUGACGCUGGGAGCGAAGACGAGGGCGAGAGUCAGGGCGAAUUGAUCUACAAGUCCAAGGAGCAGUAUCACUGGUUUGAUUGUCCGAGGCAGCUUGGCACGAAUAGUCCUGAUACGCCCAACAACAAUGCAAUUAUGGACAAGAUCGCGAUUGAGGUUGGCGAUGUCAUCGUGGUGGUCAGCGAUGGCGUUACGGACAAUCUGUUUGACACGGAGAUUGUGCAGAAGGUCUGUGGUGCGGUCAAGAGUUGGGAGCAAGGGUCUGUGGAAGCGAAGGAGGGGAUGGUUUGGGUCGCGAGGGAAUUGAUGAACGCUGCGAGGGAAAUCGCGCAGGAUCCGAAUGCUGAGAGUCCGUACAUGGAGAAGGCGCUGGAUGAAGGUAUCAGUGCUUUCGGUGGGAAGCUGGACGAUAUUAGCGUUGUCUUGGGAGUGUGCAGGCGUAGGGAGAAAUGA